CGCGUGCGUCGAACCACAGAUAGAGAACGGCUUACGUCACCACUUCCACAACAACAAGAAGCUGAAAAACAAGGAAGUGAACGAUUGUGAAGCCGUAACCUGUUUUAAAGGCCGUGACAAGAUAUUUACGCAGAGCUCCUCCGUUGAAUCUGAUAUUUCUCAGCCGCAGGAUCCGUCUACCACAAUGAACAACAAAGGUUCAUAUCCACAGCAGGCUGUGUACCCUCAGCAGAGCUCUGCACCUGUAUACCCUCCUGCUAUGCAAAUGUCUCCUCAGGCACCUCCUUACACAGACACACCACCUGCAUAUUCUGAGAUCUACCAGCCCAGAUAUGUGCUUCCACAUCAGGUGCCCGGUCAGGUGGCACAGAUGUCCUCUCACUACCCCGGUGCUCAGAUGUUUAUGCCCAUGCAGCCACAUAUGCAAGUUGGGCAAAUGGGCCAGAAUGUCCCCAUGGCUUACUAUCCCAUGGGCGCCGUGUACCCCCCUGGUUCAACAGUGAUGGUGGAUGGUGGCUUUGAUGCUGGUGCUCGCUUCACAGCAAGCAGCGGCGUUUCCAUCCCACCCCCCCCUCCUGGACAUCCCCCCAACGCAGCUCAGCUGGCUGCCAUGCAGGGUGCCAACGUUGUAAUGGCACAGCGCAAGAAUAACUUCUUCCUGGGUGGAUCCAGUGGAGGUUAUACCAUCUGGUAACAGCAACUCCGUCACGCCUAAACCGUGUCCCCCGUCCCAAAACGAUGCCCCAGUUCUUCCCCCCCCAUCCCAUACGCCUCCCUCUUCAGGCUGCUUGGCCAUGCCACAAUACUGAUAUCACCUAACGGAAUGUAAUAUUUUAGAGCCCUUGUGAAAGGUACAGUACUCCACUUCUGACCUAGAGAUCAAAUGAUGAAUGCCACUGCCUGGGGAGGACAAAUGCAAAUUUCUAAUGUCGUAGAAUUCAUUCCAAGUUUCCACAUCGGGUCUAACCCUGUGGUCAUUCCAGAUUGGACCUCUUUCAGGCAUCUGUAUUUGUUCCAGAGACCUGGUCUCCUUUUGAUCGAAUGGAUCACAAAUUCCAUCGAGAUGUUCUUGUAUACCUGUAAAAGCUACGUAAAUUAAAUAUUGAGAUAUCCGAUCUGCAUUCUAUAGUUUAGCAGCUUUAUGGUGAAAGUGAAACGCAGUUUACAAAGUUGCAGUUAAAGUGCAAAAAAAAAAAUUCCAUUUGUCUUUUUUUGAAAACUUCUAGUGUAGUUAAAUUAAUAAAUGUGUAAUAGUUUAAUGUAAAUACCAGUAUGAUGAUCAUGAGACGUUGCAUCUCAACUAUACAACAACAAACAAAAAAAUAAGGAGCAUCUCGGAUGCUUUUAGCUAGACUCGUCUUGUCCUUUGCACAGUAUCCAAAAUAUCUCGGCAAAUUGGUCGUACAGUCUCCGACAGAUUGUUACGGUUCAAUCACUUGUAAAUUAAAUAAAUUAAACUGAAGCAAAUAAUUAAAGAAAAGAUUUCAUGCAAUAUCCAAAGUGGUUUACUGUACCUUGUUGGGCGAUUUGUAGAUGAACAUAGUCAAGUGCCAAAGAGCACUGGGGGUAGCCCCAAUUUAAAGCAUAUUAACUUCAGUAAACUUAAAGGAAAGAACUUUAAAAUAAAUCCAAAUGGUAAGUUGAACGGGAAGGGUGGUUGGUGUAACAUUUUAGCCUUUUUUUGUUUUUGUUGUCUCCUGUUUGUAUUUCACAGUCGGAUACCCAGAGAUUAUACACUAAAUGUUUUAUUGUACAGACUUCAAGAUCUACUCUCCGCUGUUGUUUCUCUUCGUCUCGUCACACAGGAUCAUUUGGUAUCAAACUAAUUUUUUAAGUAUUUAUUCACCGUAGGAAAAAUGUCACCUUUGUGAUAGCGUUAGUUUCUUGUCAACGUAUUCGAAGCUUGAGGAGACUUUAAUAAAUAUUUCAGUGUUUUUCUUUUUCCUUCAUUACUCUCCACAUUCCCAUGAGUAGUUGAUGCAUCCGUACGAGCGCGAGCCGCUCGGUCCACGCCGCUCUCGUGUUUGGUUGUGACCGGAAGCGUCACAAUUUAAAAGCAAACGUAUCGUGGAGUUAGCGAAACGAGACUGUUGGUGAAACGACCGUCAGUCCGACAUGACUGCAGAUUAAUGUCACUUUGUGGGCCGAUGGCAUCUUUAACUUGUUGCAUUCUUUUGCACCUUUACUAUGUAGAACAUUUGAUGAAACACUUUUUAUUUGAGAUGCAAAGUGAGGUUGCAGCUGAGGGCCGACUCUUUUUAACUUCUGCUUUCAUGACUUCUUAAAGAAAGCUAUGAGAUUUUAAACCUUUUAGAUUUCAGAACUUGAAAAACACAAGGUUUAAAAAGACGGCACUAGAACACCAAGUUUAAAACCAACAAUUAAAACACAAUAAAAGAGGUACCGGUCGUGUGCAGGAGUGGAUUCCCUGACGUUGCUUCUUCAGAGGGGUGUGGCGCCCACUUGCAAGUCGAAGUGUUAAAUAACCUGCACGUGAAUGCGAGGAGGCGCCAUCACUCGCAGCAUUAUUGUUCAUUGUUGUGCUGCUAAUUAAACGUUAGAAUCUUUACAUCCUGCGUUAUCUGAACUGGAUACGUGAACGUGCAUCUGUAGAUAUUCUUCAUUUGUGUCUGGUAGCGUCACUGGGUAUCCGACACACCGUAUCACGUUUUAACAGCUGUGGCCGCCGCGAUCGACCUUUAGUGUUUUGCAGCGUUGAGUCCGAGCGACCGGCUGUCUGGACACGUGAACUCUCAGAGCUCGGAUGUUCCACUGGUCUCUGCUGGGGAGCGGCCACAGCUGUCAGAACUGUAAUGUUGAUUUCCUGCUUUGAUUGUGUGUAAAGCAGCAGACUGGGGGCUUGGUCCCAGCAAUAUGAAGUACUGUAAACUACGACUGAACAGUAGAUGCUAUGCCAACCACAGCUCAUGGAUUACUCUCUGUUGAAGGAUUAUGGACAUUUAUAGUUCAGGGAUUCUCUUUACAAUAUUUUGUAAACAUAGAUGCAUGUACUAAAGUGAUGUGAUAAGACUUUGGUACACAUUCUAUCUUUUAAGAUUACUAAAGGAGAUGAGUGUCAAAGAUGGAAUACUUUGAGGAAAAGGUGCACUUAACCUUUUUUAUACUAAACUUAAAAUUUAAAAUGUAAGUUUAGAAUAAAGGUUAUUUUGGAAAUUUGAAAUGCUGCAUGUUUGUUUUAAUUUUAUUUACAUAUACGCUGUAUUAGAACAGGGCCGUUUUUAUUUUUAUUUCAAGAUUGUGACCUGAGAUAACAUCUGGGGAUUUUGGUUAUUGUUUAGUUGUGAUUAUAGCUUCAGUGUUGUCUUUCCCUGGCCGGGCUUGCAUCGCAGGUUCCAACGCUUACGACUUAUUACUUGAUUGUUUGAGCGGAUGCUUCUACUUGCUUGGCCUUCAUACCAAUAUCACUAAAGAUUUUUUGUCAUAAAUAAGUAUCACCCACCUUAGUUUAGUAUACAUACUGUAUGAAAGAAUCAAUAACCAAAAUAUUGUCACUUUGAUAUAAAAGGUAUUGAGUCAAAUAUGGAUGUGUAUUUUUGUCACUCACCGAGCGUUACACCGAGUCGCCAGGAAGGCUGCAAACAACUAAUCCGAAGAUGUUCUGGAAAACAUCUCCAUGUUUGAGAGGAAUCCCUUAAAGUGGGUGAUUAAAGUUUAUUGCCUCCACAGCAUAAGAAUCCAACGGCCCACAAGAAAUCUCACCUUUAAUAAAGAUCAAAUUCA